AUGUUAGUUUCAAGAAGAUUCUUCGGAACCGCAAAAGCCUGUCUUACAGCCUACAACUUCAAGUUUCAGCCAAUAUUGGCCGAAAAAGGUUUCGCUGCUGCCAUAGGUAAUACUCCGUUGAUUAAGUUGAACAGAUUGAGUAAGGAGACUGGUCGAAACAUUUAUGGAAAGGCUGAAUGGAUGAACCCUGGCGGUUCUGUCAAGGACCGGGCUGCUCUUUGGUUAAUCGAGAAGGCCGAGGAGAGGGGCCUUAUCAAGCCGGGCGGAACUAUUGUCGAGGGAUCUGCAGGUAAUACUGGUAUUGGUCUCGCCCACGUUAGCAGAGCAAAAGGUUACAAAUGUGUGAUCUAUAUGCCUGACACCAUGGCUCCUAUAAAGAUGCAAACUGCACGAAUGCUAGGUGCAGAAGUCCGUGCAGUUCCUGCAGUUCCGUUUGCCGAUCCUAUGAAUUUCAAUCAUCAGGCAGAAAGAUAUGCUAACUCGCUAGAUAAUGCAUAUUGGACGAACCAGUUCGAAAACCUAGACAACAGACAAGUUCACAUGGAGACAACUGGUCCGGAGAUCUGGAAGCAAUUAGAUGGUAAGGUUGAUGUCUUCACUUGUUCAUCAGGAUCCGGUGGAACCUGGUCAGGGGUCACUCAUUUCUUGAAGGAAAAGGAUCCGAAAAUCAAGUCAUUUUUGGCUAGCCCUCCAGGUGAUUCCGUGUAUCCUUUCGUUAAGAGUCGCGGUGAAUCUAUCGUUGCUGAUGGCGCAUCUGUUACUGAAGGUAUUGGUCAGGAUCGUAUCACUGGUAAUGUGGCUGCCGAUGCUGAAUUGGCUGAUGGGGCCUUUUUGAUUCCAGAUAGAGAGACUAUUUUGAUGGCCUUUAGAUUAAUCGACGAGGAAGGUAUCUUUGUCGGUAGUACUGCUGCCCUAAAUGUCGUGGCCGCAACUUUGGCUGCAAAUAAAGUUCCAAAAGGGUCGAAUGUCGUAACAAUCUUCACCGAUUCAGGCCAUAAGUAUGCUACAAAAUACUUCAGUAAGAGCUUCUUGCAGCAGAAUGACCUUUACGACUUCUUACCGGAACAUUUGAAGAAGUAUGCCGCUAUGCCUUAA